AUGGCGACCGAGUUGACCGUCCAGUCGGAGCGUGCGUUUAUGAAGCAGCCUCACAUCUUCACUAACUCCAAAGUAAAGUCGAAGAGCAAGGCUGUCGGAAAGGGUGGACGAAGAUGGUACAAGGACGUUGGCCUGGGUUUCAGGACACCAAAGACCGCCAUUGAGGGAACCUACAUCGACAAGAAGUGCCCCUUCACCGGCCAGGUCUCCAUCCGUGGCCGUAUCUUGACCGGCACCGUUGUUUCCACCAAGAUGCACCGUACCCUCGUCAUCCGACGUGAAUACCUCCACUACAUCCCCAAGUACUCCCGUUACGAGAAGAGACACAAGAACCUCGCCGCACACGUCUCCCCCGCUUUCCGUGUCGAGGAAGGUGACCAAGUUACCGUUGGCCAGUGCAGACCAUUGAGCAAGACUGUCCGAUUCAACGUCCUCCGUGUCCUACCCCGCACCGGCAAGGCCGUCAAGUCGUUCCAAAAAUUCUAA